UUCUUAUUUCAGCCGAGUUCAACCGAGAUAAAGUCAACUCCGAUGCCUCCAAUGGGUUCCAUAGCUCAGCGUUCACCAAAGUGUGCUCGGUGCCGAAAUCACGGGGUGAUAUCCAUACUCAAAGGACACAAACGGUUCUGUAAAUGGCGAGAUUGUGCAUGCGCGGAUUGCAAUCUCAUAGCUGAAAGACAAAGAGUAAUGGCCGCACAAGUGGCGCUCAGAAGACAACAAGAGAGUGAGGAGGUUGGACAUCUUUCCUACGGCACAGUACAGUUGUGUUUUAAUCAAAAUCUACAAAAGACACCAAGAAUCAUUCCACCCUCACCAACGUCCCCAAAGGAUGCUCAACUGCCAAGAACCGCAAGUUUGUCUUCUCGAUCAAGCUCGCCAAACAUUGACGAUACCAACAAUGAGCUGGGGUCUCCCGCAAGCAGCGCAAACGAUGGUGAGUUGAGUACAAUUCUUGUUGCAAAAUUUUCCUUCUACAAUAAAACGAGCAAACAUCAUCCGAUUCCAAGGUCGGGGUAGUCUUCCAGCUGAUUUCAUUACUUUUGAAUUGAUUACGCAACCGUCUGAUUGGCUGCCAAAAUUUACAAACCCAUCGGAUGAUUUUAUAGCAAAAAUCGGUCCCUUUUUCUUAUCUCGCUUCGUUACCGUUGCUAAACUAACCAUAGCCUUUUGAGAUAUAUGAAAAAACGUGCUGUUUAAAUCACAGCUCAAUUCUUCCCAUGAAAGGGUAACCUCAGAGCCAGCCUCAGAGCUACCCAGCGUAGCGUUAACAAAGUUUCACACAUCGAACUUUUGAAUGAAAUGGAUAUGAACAAGACGUGGGUUUGUUUUUGGAGGAUAUCGUAACAUGCACGCCUAGUUCAUUCAGAUUUAGCCAUUGUUGUAUAGAUAACCUAAGAACUAUGACAUAAGAGGCGGUUAAUUCAUCGCACGCGGUUUCAAGCGCGCUAGUAUGGACAGAGUUUUAUUGAGUUGCUAACUUAUCUUGUUUGUCUGUAUUUAACAAAGUUGCAGUCAGACGGUUGUUGAAAAUUUUGCCCGCGAUAUACACGAUCAACAUUCUCUUUUCUAAAUUUACCCCUGUGUUUCCUUUUAAAGAAAAAGAAUACAGCACCUGGGUUAUGUGAAGUAAUUUGCUUCUGUUUAAUCGUUUUUUUACUGGUCCUCGAGUCGUGGAUCAUCAUUUCUGGUGAUAAAUUUUGGGAGGUUUUCAGUUCAGGGAUACAGUUUUGGUCUAUAAUGACUGAGACACGGAAUUUGACUAAAACCUGUAUUAUACUGUAUUGAAAUGACUCUGAGCAAAGCAACACCCUAAAUUAUAACUUUCUUUAAAAAAAGGCGAUGCAUUGAAAUGAAAGGCAUCUAGGCUUUGUCCUUGCUACUGAAUACCUGGCUCUGUUCCAUCCAUGCUAAAUACUUUAUUUUAAGAAAUUUCCAAGCAGUUCCGUGCUGGAAAAACAUUCAGAACCUCUCUCUAAAAGCUGCAUAUUCUUCGCGAAUUAUGUUACGGUAUGACUUAAUCCUUAUUUGAAAGUUUGAUCUAAAGACCUCAAGUAACACAAAAAUACUUAGUCGAGUAAAGUGUUGAUGAAACCAGCAAAAUUUGAAGCUUGUAUAAUCCCCCCAAUAAAUUAUGUCACUGUUUCUGCUUUAGAAUUGCAUGUUCGCCCAGAAAAGGAACACCUCUCGCUGAUUUUCAAUAACGAACUUGAAAUUGCAACAUAAUUAGGUCUGAUUUAUUUGUGGCUGUGGCCUCUGGUUAGGUGCUAAUGUGCGCUCGUUAGUCUGAGAGCAAGUUGAAGUGGCUUCUCCCAGCCAAAUUGAGUGAUUUAAAACUAAAGUGGAUUUAAUUAGGGCCAGCAUAAUUAUGACAUUAUCAAAGAAACACUGCCGAAAAAAGUAUCAUGUCUAAAAAAUGCAACAAAAUAUUUGUAACAUUCUGGAACGCGAACAAUCUGGAAAGUCUCAGUGCGGUUAUUCUGUAAUAAAAUCUGUAUGUUUAUUCUGGUCACUGGGAAUCAAACCAGUGUUUAUAAUGUCAUCAGGAUGUUUGUAUUUGAUUUAUUUUACAGUUUGUUUAUAAUCAACGCAAGUGUUGUGUUUAUUUCUGAGCGAGCUCAGACUCUUUGUCUAUUUUUAGCGGACUGUGCCUUUAUGAAUAAAAUUGGCACCAGCUUUCUUUGCCCUCGGGGCUGCAAUUUACAACCCCCUCCCUUACAAUAGUUGUUGAUUAAAUUUUUUUGGACUUCUUAUCUUCAAUGAAGAUAGAUAUUUUCCCCAUAUUCCCAUGAGGAACUGUACGAAAUCGAGUCCAUAUUUGACUUUGCACAUCAAGAGCUAAAACUGACUAUAUUUUGACAUGCUCCUAUUGUCUCAUGAAGACGUUCAAAAGCACAAAUUUAAAAUAAAAACAUUUUUUACUUUCCAUUUCAGCUGGCAAGGAAUUAGGUAAAAAGUAACAGCUUGAGCAAUAUUUUUACAGCUUUAACAAUAGCACAGUGCAAAUAACCAUGAUUCCGACACGUGUUACAAAGUCUUUAUUUCUGAACACGUGUUUUUUAUUAACACUAGUAAAAUUCGAACGCUGCUAUGUAAAGAAACACAAGAUUAGCCCGAGUUAUGUGAACUGACAUAAUACACAGUUGAGGCUCUAAAAUGAUUCAAAACUCCGGUGAAACCGAUAUUGGAGUAUACCGUUGGGCCAUGUGGUUCAUCUAAAACAGGAAAACAGUGCUCUACUGUUAUAAGAAAUUAAUGCCACUACAUGUCGAUGCUUUUGUCCAGCCAAUCAGGAAGCCAGGAUUUUCUAAGGCACGGGUGGUUCAUAUCUCCCAGCUGUGAUAUUGUGUAAAGGCAACAACUAGUCAGAACGCGCUAUGUUUAUUGUAACCUUGCUUCCCUAGAGAGUAAAACCUGCCCGCUAUGCUUAGAAGAAAUCUUGGCUGAUCGUGUUUACCUACUGACUUUGACUCAUCACAGACACACUGUUUGAGCUCAACAGUCGGAACAACGAAAGCAUUUUGCGUUCGGUGAGUUUGUUCACAUUUGAGUAACACCUUCCUUCUCAUCGUAAAUUUUCAACGUCAUCUGAAUAUACAACUCAUUAUAUAGUUCUAUUGAGAGUUAACUAUAAUAUGUCAAAAUAAGCGACAAGUAUUCAAACUGAAUAUCAACAAGUGGCAUGGGAAUCUUCUCUUAGUAAUUCCUGUUUGUACGUGUUCUUAAGAAGUUGAUUAAUUCAAAGUUAGGUUUUAUUAAAAUGAUUUGAAACUUUGUCACUGCAUUACCAAAUACCCUUAGUCUUGUAAUCACGAGUGUGAUUUGAAACCAGCUUGAUAAAUAGCGGUUGGUUGCCAAAUGAUGAAAGGGUGAAAUACAUUAUUCCAGUGAGACAAAAAAUGGAACUUUGUAGAGCUAAACUAUGUUUGUGACAUGUUCACAGUCACUGACUUCAGAGCUGGCUAGUUGCUGUAACAGUAAAAGUCACAGGUCAUUUCCUGUUUGAACGAUACUCUCUCUUUUAUUACUAAUAUUCUAUCUUAAGAUUUUAAGCUAUUCACUGAUUGUCUUAAAUUGAUGAAUCGUUUUUCAAGUAAGGGAGAUAUGUUGUGUGCAUUUCUAGAUGUCGAGCUAACGCGUUUGUUAACACAGUAGGGAAGAACAUUGAAUAAUAAAACACCUAUUUACUUGUAGCGGUUGCCCAGGUGACGUACCACUUUUAUGUACUUGUUCUGUCGUGCGGAAAAUGAAGCAGCCAUUUAUGUUUGGAGUGAUAAUCAACGACAUUAUGAUAAUACGCUACAAAUAAUGGGACGUUUGCGGCUAACUCUGUCUUUUUAGAGCGUAUAGUGCAAUUGUUAUUCAAAAAUAGUGAUUUUGUGUUAGCAUUUACCUUUCAAAAUUUACUAUUCCAACCGUAAUUUUCUUAUAAAUUUCAUCAUUAAUUGCUCCAGCGGUUUGAGAGCAUAUUUAUUUAAGUAUGAUUGAGAGGUAUAUAAACUGUGUUCAAGUAACUGAAAACUUUUGGUGCACUGUUAUGUAAAAGUCCAAUUAAAUUUUUACUUAAAACACACAAAAGAUAUGCACAAUUUUUAUUCUCGCCCGAGUAUUCUAUAUUAAUUUGCUUCCCGCCAGCAUAUUUCACUUAAAUGAUUUUCUUAUCACCACAAAAUUUUCUGAGGAUGAUAUUGAACCUGCCAAUUUCAUGUUCUUCUUUCGUGAUUUUUUUUCGUUUAGCCUGCAAUCACUGGACAUUUUACAUUUUCAGUUGUUAACAAGUUUCUUUUAAAUAGUCUGAAAGCACCCCUCAGUGUAGUGUAUCAAUCUUAGCGGAAAAGGCCACAGUUUUUUAUAGUUUGAUGUGGCAUGUCUUUCUAUAAACGCCGUUAGUGGUCUUAUACGAUCUUUCCAUUUCAUAGGUGCUUUGGCACAUUAUUUCUUUGGAACAAGGAAGUUCUAGCUGGGAAGUUUCCCCAGCUGUGUGUACAAAAAAAUUAAACAGCACCUUUCCCCACAUAAGCACAGGUAAUUUAGGGUUUUGCCAACUUCCAGUUGAAAGGAAAAAUUAUGCAGCCAUUUCUUGGUUGUGCUGGCGAAGGAUUUUCGUCUUUUCUUGACAGCAAAAUUGAAGAAAAUUGAAGCGCUGUGAAGUUCAACAUGAAAAAAUUUGCGCCCCUCGAAUAUGAAAUAAUUGAACAGUUUUUCCCGUGGUCAAUGGAAAUUGCUGUCUGCGUCAAGCUGGUAAAAAAUUGACAUUGAUGACAGUGGAAAAACAACAAGGUCUUACAUAGAAAAAAAGAAAUGACCUCAAACUGUUAGCUGCUUGCAUUUUAAGGCAUUGCAAAAAUAAAUAAUGAUUACCAGGCGUUUGGCUUGCUUUUAAAAGAUUUUUUGCGUGGUCAUUUGCAUAAUUUAAAUUAUAAACGAAGUCAUCACUUUUGAACGGAUCACUUGCAGUCACGAACAUAACUGAAGCAAGCUCCUCUAACCACCGACUGCACGAAACCAAAGCGAAACUUGUGGCUUAAGGUAAUCUGAAGUGAUGGCUUUAUACAUCGCUGUUUUUUCCAUGAUUUUCAGAAAUCGAUCAGUGACCUGUGUGAAUUUCUUUUUUCUUUUUUUUUUUUUCAUGAUUUCCAUUUUUUAUCUGCAUUGUUGAUAUCUAAUCAGAGAUUUACUGAUGGAUAAGAGAGCCAACAGAUGAAGCUUGAUAUAAAAAGUUUAUUUAAACGCUUAACAACUCAUUUCUUUGUUCUGACUUUUGCGCACAGCUUUCACUGCAUUAAGACUUCUUUAAUACUGAGGACAUAAAACUGAUUUCCCUACUCUAUCGUUAGCAAAAGAGUAUUUAGAACUCUUCUAGGUUCAGUGAACAGUCCGUUUGGUCUCCCCGAAAAGGUGCCGUGAUUUUAAAAAAAAAUUUUUGAUUUGUCUACAAAAAAAAUUGUUAUGUGCGAUCCCUCAGUAGCAGAGAACUGCGGUAUAAACUCGCGCGGUGGUCAGACAGGUUAACAGUCCAACGAACAUUUAGAUAGUGUUUCUUCUCUCCCGUUUGGUUCAUUCAUUGAAAUAAAUCAAAUCUUAGAGCGGCGAUGAGCAAAUUUUAUACGAAUAUGAUUGUAUAGCGCCCAUUGUUAUUUAAGUCAAUGUUUUUACUUUUCAGAAUUUCCAAUGGAUAACAACACUGAAGGUUUCUCCACGAGAUGGAAACGUGAACGAGACGACGAUGAAGAUGAGCGGCGCCUGAGAAUGUCACCAGAAUCAAAAAGACAGAGACACGACAAGAUAUCUCUACAAAAUGGUGAGAGCAAAGUCAUGUCAAGCUCUGAUCAUUCCAGGUUCAUGAACAUCCUUACACGGCUCUUUCCAGAGCAAAAAAGAAACGUUCUGGAGUUAAUUCUAAAGGGUUGUGGAGGUGACGUUAUCCAGACAAUAGAGACCGUUCUUCCAAGUCACGAGGAAGCCCUUGCUCGGGGCCAGUUACUUGCCACUGUACCCAGGGGUCUCUUUCCCGGGCCUCCCCCGCCAUCUGGCUAUUCAGCCUUCCCGCCCAUGUCUCCCACUCUUCCUCACAAUAUUCCAUUGAGCGCUGUAGAGUACCACGCAGCUUCCAAAUGUGCGAGUGGCCAAUGUCCCGGGUGUGUGUAUUACCCAGGAGCCGGUCCUAUGCCAGUACUCAAGGAUCCGACUAAGCGUCAGACCGCGGACGUACAGUCUAAGCUGAUACCGUCCAUCUCCGAGCACAACUCUUUGCCGAUUUCAACUAUGCCUGGUUUGACUAAAAUUCCGCAUCUUGAAGAUACGCGGUAUAGCCAAAGUAUGCGGUCAGCAACUGCUGCAUUAAUAACCAUGAGCUCGGCUGGAAGAGUGUUUCCUGGGGACCGACUACCACAAAGGAAUGAUCGUAGCCCUCCGAACCAUUCUCCCCGCGCCUCUCCCAAAAGUGAGGCCAACGAAAAGCCCUAA